CGCCAUAGCGAUGGACGUCUUCACCGAUGUGGACAUCUUCAAAGAGAUCAUCAGUGCCACACUGAGGGGGGUGGCGGUCUACAUCCUUCUGGAUGACUCCCAGUUCAGGAGCUUCCUCAUCAUGUCGCGCAGGGUGGGCAUCAACAUCCAGGAUUUCAAGAACAUCCGUGUUCGGACGGUCCAGGGGCAGCAGUACCAGUGUCAGUCCGGGGUGAAGUUUCAUGGAGGUUUGGAGCAGAAGUUUAUUCUGGUGGACUGCCGAACUGUUUUGUAUGGGACGUACAGCUAUACGUGGUCGUACGAGAAGAUCAACGCCAGCAUGAUCCUGGUGGUCACUGGUCAGCUGGUUUGCUCUUAUGACGAGGAGUUUCGAAGGCUGUACGCUCGCUCCACGGUUCCCGCGGUUCUGUCCAGGGAGACUCCAACCAUCCAGUACCUGAGAGACUCUGUGGCCUUCCACAGCCCAAACUCCAGCCAACUUUCCCUACACCAAAUCCACAUGAAAUCCAAAGUGAUGCACGGCAUGAGGAGUGCUCAGGAUGAUAGGUUUAAUAACGCCUCCAUGCUAACAAGGGGCCUGAGCAUGCAGGAGAGGCUGCAUCAGUCUCACUGUCCCGACAUAGGGAAUCUGGUUCGGGGGCACAGUUAUGGCGGCGAACUGCAGAAGUUAACCUCCAUGACUCGGCUGAGGAUGGGGACCAAGGACAUUGGAGUACCAGUUGCUCCCGAGAGGAAUGGUUCAAACCUGAGGGGGGGCGGCGACUUGCUGCCAACAAACAGGUCUCAGCAGCAGCUUCGGCAUCGCACCCGCUACGGCACGGACCAGAAUCUGAUACCGUUCAACUCUGAAACGUCACUCCACAGGUGGAAGAUCGACACGUACCUGAAUGAGAACAACCUGCCUCUAGAUGCGUCAUGUGAUGCAAUAUCCCCCAUGAUAUCCCCAUUUAGCAGUCACACGGGCUUGAACGAGCAUCAGUCGCAGCUGAUUCACAGCAGGUCGAGGGACAUUAAGUCCAGGAUGGAAGAGAUGCGGCAGAAGAGGCUCAGUCUGCAAGAAUAUGCCAAUCUCAGGCAAAGCCAAGAGUCCUUAAGGUCUAUGUAUCCCCCUCUAGAAAGACCUAAAUUCAUGUCUUCAUUGAGAGGUCUGGAAAUGAGGCAGAGCAUGAUAGAGUUAGAGCCAAACGCACAAAAUGGACGUAACGUGGAAUCAGCCCACCAGAAGGUCGUCGAGCCGAACAAGGACGGCAACAAAAGAGAGACAAUGCAGACAUAUGACAGGCAUGAGCUUCACUCCAGGACGACAUCGGCCGCCGCCGACUUAGAUACGAAACAGAACGAUCCAGUGCUCAAACUCUCUCAUUUGCAGUCCAGCAGUCUGAGUAUCCAGCACCCGAGAGCGAUGGAGUCUUUGACUGAGAUCCCUGAAGAGAGAGAGGGUUCAAAUACUCGCAUCAACGGUUCAGACUCAGCUGCAUUCAACAACGGAUGUGAGGAAAAUCGCAAGGAAGAAGUAGCUGUUCCGAAGGAGAACUCUGUGAAACCGAGCUCGCCUGCAGAAUCGCAGCGUCAGGAUCAAGCCAGAGGAAGUCAUGGUUCUGUAGGGGAGGUGGCGAACAGUUUAGGCUCAGCUGCUCCUAAAGAAGGAAAGAAAUCAGUAUCUAAUGAGGUAGAAAACAGUCAAAAGGUUAUGAACACAUCAGCAGGAUCUCAGCACACAGUGGAAGCUAAGAGCAGUCACACGGAAAAGCAGCGAGACGAACCGAUGCUCCAGAGAAAGAAUUCAAUGAAAAUGAAAGUACAAGCAUUGCUUUCAUCAGAUGAAAAGAAAGCAUCUAAAAAAGAGGAGCGAUCCCUCCAAAGAAAGGGCUCAAUGAGAUCACAGACUCCCUCGGGAUCAAACCAACCCCUCAGGGCAGACCAUUCGCAGGCACCUGCCGCAGAGCAAACAGCAAAGAAAGGUCAAUCGCCGAGCAGCUCCCGGUCGCAGAACUCUGUCAGCAGUACGACGGAGAGUGAGAAGCAUAAAUCUGCAUUCCCAAGAUUAUCUCCUCACCGUUCGAGCAAAAGAAAGACAAACGUCGCAGCAGAGCAGGACCGAGGCUCAAAGAACACUCUGGACGACGAGGGAGCGACUGUCUUUCAAACCAGGAGAGAGAAGGCCUACAGCCGGUACGAGUAUUUGCUCAGCACUGAAAGUAUUCCUCCGGAUAAAUCGAUGAGGACCGCAAGCAUGUAUCCCUCAGACAAAGACAGAAGAUCCUCCCUGAACAAGCACGAAUCCGACUAUCCGACGCAUCAGACGCAAAGCGGCAAUGAAAACAAACUGGGACGAUUCAUGCAGCGAGUAGGAAAUCUCAUAAGCAAGAAGUAGAGAUACAGUGAAUGAAUGAAGGCGAAGUCAGUGAGCAGUCCUUGUGUUGUUUUUUGAUUUAUUUUGGCUCCAACACACAUGGACUGAUCUUAUAUCACUGAUGCCAAAACACAAGAUGUAUCAGGUAUCUGGUUCCAAAUAAGCGUCUCUUGUUUUACUCUGAAUUGGAUGUUACAAGGAAGCAGGGUUAAUGUGAAAACACCAGUCAGUCAAGUCGACAC